AAAUCUUGAUCUUUUGUGGAAGAACCCGAUUCCAAAGAAGAUUUCUUUCUUCCUUUGGCGGGUCACUAACAAUCUUAUUGUGUGUGCUGACUCGCUCCAGAAAAUGGGGUUUUAUGGGCCUUUUAAGUGUCCUCAUUGCAACCACCAUGACUCUAUUAACCAUUUCUUUUUGAGUUGCCCAUCUCACACUCCAAUUUGGAGUUACUUUAAUAUUAAGAGUCAUCGGUUGGAUGGCAACUUAAUGGACAACAUACUUAAUUGGACCCAUCAUAAAUCCUUUAUAACCUAUAUUGUCAUUCUUUGGAACCUUUGGAAGCUGAGAAACAGCACCCUUUAUGAUGAUUCCUCCCCUAACUACUCUGAGGCCAUUUACAACAUUCGGCGGGAGAUAUUUUCCAUCCAGGACACUAAAAGACCUAAUAAGGCCCCUAAAAGUAGACCCCAAGUGGUGUCCUGGAAUCCUCCAAUGCAUAACCAUAGAACCCUUAACAUUGGCCACACCAAAAAUGGGCUCUCACAUAGUUUCGGUUUUUUGAUAAGGAACCACAACGGUGUUAUGAUCUUUCACCACCAAAGCAACCUUUUUUCCUCCUCCACUGUGAGGGCUUUCAUAGAGGCAUACUACGACUUUCUCAUUUUCUGCAGGGACAGGAGGAUCUACUACUCCAACAUCCAAAUAGAUAAUGCCCAAGUCUUCCAAGCCAUUAAUCUUCAUUGUGUGCAAAAUUGGGAUCAAAUUUUCAUCAUCUCUUGCAUUAGAAGGAUUUUGCAUCAAAACCACAUCACGAUCAGUCUUGUUAACGAAAAGGUCAACUGCGCUGCGAAAGAAAUUAGCAUGGGAGUUGACGUACAAUCCAAAAAAUUCAGCAAUAUUCUCAAAUUCGAUGCUAUUGCUUUUCCUUAUAUUAUAUAGAUUUCUUUUCCGGGUAGGCUUUGGUCUAGUCCUCCUACCGUGUCUCUAGCUCCCUCUAAGCCUUAAUAAAUGGUAAGGUGUUCCCCAGCCCUUACCCCAUCCUGUGAUGGUUUGCCACUGGGUUUUAAAAAAAAAAAAAAAAAAAAAAAAAAAAAAAAAAAAAAAAAAAAAAAAAAAAAAAAAAAAAAAAAAAAAAAAAAAAAAAAAAAAUAGAACAAA